AUGUGUUGCAACUACGGCAACUCCUGUGGCUAUGGCUGUGGCUAUGGCUACGGCUGUGGCUAUGGCCCCUAUUACAACUGGAGUUAUGGACCUGGCUAUGGCUGUGGAUAUGGCACCUGGUAUGGCUGUGGCUCUGGCUGUGGAUAUGGCUCCUGCUGUGGCUACGGCCCCAGAUAUGGCUGUGGUUGUGGCUAUGGCUCUGGCUGUGGCUAUGGCUCCGGCUGCUAUGGCUCCGGCUGCUAUGGUUACCGGCCAUUUUGCUAUAGAAGAUGUUAUUCUUCUUGCUGCUAG